CUCCGCUCCAGCUGCUUUAGGGGGGAAAUAGUGAAGAAUGGACACGAUGGCUGAUUCGGAAUCAAGCGCGAGUUCAAAGACAGCAGAUUUGGUCGUUGAGGCGUUGGACUGUCUGGUCCACAGAUAUCAUUUCUCGUUGAACCAGAUAUUCGGCGAGCAGCUAAAGACACUGACGAUCGAUGAUAUGGAGAAGAAAGCCGGACUGCUGGAGGAACUGGAAUCGAGUCUCUUACCUUCCAUCAAGGACCAAAUCGCUGCUCUGCUACUUUCGCUCGACCUACGCGGUUGGGGAAAACCUCCGAGGCCCGAUUUUGAGUUAGCCUUAGGCAUCGUCUCCAACCUUGACCAGACUUUGUAUGAGACCAUAGCUUCCAUCGAGUGCAUUUCCCUCGAGUCACCUCUGCCAGCCGAAACCCAUGACCAUCACUUAAGAUCCUGCAAAGAGUUUCGGUGUUCUCGUCUGCUAUGGAGAAUCAAAGCUGUCGUGGAAGGUCAUCUCUGUGAACUAUUUAGAAACUAUAUAGAUUUCAUCCGACUCUGGGAGCUCUCUAGUAGCCAUCCAGACAGUUCUGAACAUCAUACAAAGACAUCCCAAAAGGAGGCCGAAAUACUCAAGAUUACCGCCCAUUCCGGUCAUCUAAUCGAUGCAAUAAUCAGCUUAUUUCGAAAAUCAGACCUUGAUUUUAUCCAAGAAGAGUGGCUAGCAGCAGCGGAUUCGCUCAAUGGCGUCCUAGGAUUUUUGAUUAUUCUGGCCAAUUGCCCGAAGGAACCGAAUGGGAUUAAUGCUGGUCGAGAUGAUCAUCGAACGAACGGGAAUAGAGCAGAGAUCGCCGAAGUGGCCAGGUUGGCCAUACCUCUUGUCAAACUGACGAGAGCAUUCCUGGACAAGAUCGGGAAUAAGACGACCAGAAAAGCGGCGUUCACGUUGGAUAGCGAGCUGAAUUCGGAGACAUUGAACCAGUUGCACCAAGAGCCAGUCUCGAUUGCCGAGCGUCUGGAUCAGUUUGUGCGCUCCUUGUGGAUGAUUCAUAAGAGGGACGAAGUGAUUAUCAAUAAGGACCGUAUUCGCACUUCACUCAGCGGGAUCUCCAAGACCCUGGAAUCUACUCUACUCGUUCUAGCCGUCUAUCUUGUGCCCUUACCGCACCAUGAGAAUGAACACCCUUCAUCCGAGCCUCAGUUCAAGACCUGGCUCCUUACAUUGAAGACGUUGUGGUAUCGGGCUAUGGAUCAUUUCUUGGAUGGUCUCUAUUGCGUGGGCGGAGGGGAAUAUGAACAACCACUCUUGCAGGACCAACCAAGGCGAAGUUGGGAAGCCAUGUAGCCGAUGCUACUAGCCGAUUGAUUACUCAUCGCCAAGAUGUGUGAUUUAGAUACAGUUACCAAACUACAACUAUUACCUGC